AUGGGGGAAAGUUGUCGUUGGGGAAGGAAUGCAAAAGCUGUUAUGGAGAAUGUGUAUUGGCACGACGACCCUGAAAUUGCCCAAUCAAUCUGGACACUUGUUCGCAUAUGUGGUUCAGAUGAUGCAAGUAGUAUCAGACCAUUGGUGUCCGAUUUUGUGUCCAAGGUUGGCAUUGGGGACCCACAUUCUGUUGUUUUCCAUCUACCUGUAGACUAUGGUCAGAUGAAAGUUUGUCAACCCAUGAGGAUCACCAAUCCUAUGGAAGGGAAUUUUAAUAUGGAUACUGGCGUAUCUGAAGAACUGUUGAUUGCACUCUUGAAACUUUUGAUGAAGUAUCUGAUGGAUGAUUCUGUUAGAAUUGUUGAUAUGACCUCACAAUCUCUUCGGGGAAUACUCUCAACUGAAAGAGGUCAGAGAGCUCUGUUGUCGUUUGGUUGUUAUGAAAGGUCUCUUAUUGAGGCAUGGAUUUUACUCUGUUCUGAUGCUGCUACCCCAGUACCACCUGCAAUGUUGCUGAUGUUGAACUUGCUUUCUUUAAGAAGGGAUGCAAGCCUGGGUUUGGAAGUACUUUCAGAUAGGUUUAAUGUAAAAAGUGAUGAAAAACCAAAAGAUAUGGGGAUCUUAGAGUAUAUUCACUCAAAGGGUGUAAAUGUUGAGCUGGUGGAGAAGUUAGUGUUGGAUCUUGAAAAGAGGUAUAGAGCUGAAGCAAUUUCAUUGGAGGAGUCUACAGUUUGGGAGACACCUAAUAAGACCUUCCAAAUGUGGAUUUGUCCACUUGUGUAUUCAUUGGUUAGCUACAGCAAUGAUGUUAUAUUAAAAUUAUGCCAAGAUAUCGUGUUAUUGAAAGCUGAAGUUGCUGAGCUUUUGUUUCCGAGUGUUAUCAUAGAUCUAGCUUGUCGACAGGAUAUUCAUCUUGAUCUUCAUAAAUUAAUCUCUUUGCAGAAUGCUAAGCCUUCUAGCUAUGGCUCAAAAUCCCGUUCCACUUCUGUAAAAGCUAGAGACUCAGUUGCUGCAUCAAGUUCAAUGGUGAUGUCAACAUCUUCCUGGGACAAGGUUUAUUGGCUGAAAAUUGAUUAUCUUGUUGUUGCCAAAUCAGCAGUUACUUGUGGCUCAUACUUCACCGCUAUGAUGUAUGUGGAGCAUUGGUGUGAAGAGCAUUUUAAUGGCCUUACACUAGGGAGCCCAGAUUUCUCCCAUCUUGAGGUGUUGCCGCAUCACAUUGAAAUACUUUUGUCAGCAGUCACUCAUAUUAAUGAACCUGACAGCUUAUAUGGGAUCAUCCAAUCACACAAGUUAACCUCUCAAGCUGUUACCUUUGAGCAUGAGGGGAACUGGAGUAAGGCGCUUGAGUAUUAUGACUUGCAAAUACGUUCAGAUCCCCUGCUACAAAUGGGUGGUGGAUCAAGUACUUUGUCAGCAGGGCAUACUCAACCAGGAACUCAUCUAUCACGUUCUGCAUCAGAAGAAGAUAUGAGGCAGAGAAAACCUUACAAAGGUCUGAUUAGAUCUCUGCAGCAGAUUGGUUGCACACAUGUGCUGGAUUUAUAUUGCCAGGGAUUGACAUCUAGAAGGGACCAGUUUCAUUGUGAUUUGGAGUUCAAUGAAUUGCAGUAUGAGGCUGCUUGGCGUGCAGGAAACUGGGAUUUUUCCUUACAUUUUGUGGGAGCUAAUUCCCCUUCACAUCCAGAUGUUAAAUUUGAUCAUUUCAAUGAAAAUUUGCAUGGUUGUUUGAGGGCAUUUCAAGAGGGAGAUUUUGAUGAAUUUCACAGAAAACUGAAGGGCUCAAAACAGGAGCUUGUGUGCUCUGUCUCCUGUGCAAGCGAGGAGAGCACUGAAAACAUAUACUCAACAAUAAUUAAACUUCAGAUCCUUUAUCAUCUGGGCUUGGCAUGGCAUAUCCGUUGGGAAACAUCUCAAUGUGAAGGGGCAGAAUUCUAUCCGGGGAAAAGACGAUGUUUUUCAGAACCUUUAAUCCCUACCAUGGAACAGUUGUCAUGGUUGAAUGUGGAUUGGAACUCUAUUUUGGAACAAUCACAGCUGCAUAUGAAUUUGUUGGAACCAUUCAUAGCAUUCAGGCGAGUUUUGCUUCAGGUCUUGAAUUGUAAUGAGUGUACAACGCAACAUCUUUUGCAAUCUGCAUCCACUCUUCGCAAGGGCUCUAGGUUUUCUCAAUCCACUGCAGUUCUGCAUGAGUUUAAGCUUGCUAGUGCUGGAACUGGAGAGCAUUCCUCAACUUUGUAUUGGCUUGGCAGGCUUGAAGAAGCAAAGCUAUUGCGUGCCCAAGGUCAGCAUGAGACGGCUAUCAGCCUUGCAAAAUACAUUUCCCAAAAUUGUCACGCAAACGAAGAAGGUUCAGAUGUAUAUCGCUUGGUUGGAAAGUGGCUGGCAGAAACUCGAUCUAGCAACUCAAGAACUAUUUUAGAGAAGUAUCUAAAACCUGCAGUUUCAGUUGCCGAAGCUCACAAGACCACUAACAAGAAGUCCAUAGAAAGACUAAGCCAAGCUCAUUUUCAUCUUGCACACUAUGCAGAUGCUCUGUUCAAGUCAUGUGAGGAAAGACUAACCUCUAGUGAAUGGCAAGCAGCAAUGCGUUUAAGGAAACACAAGGCAGCUGAGUUGGAGGCAAUUGUUAAACGGCUAAGAAGUUCAACGAAGGGAGAGAAGAAUGACUACUCCCUCAAAAUACUUGAGUUGCAAAAGCAACUUGCAAUGGACAAGGAAGAGGCUGAAAAAUUAAAGGAUGACAGGGACAAUUUUCUCAGCCUAGCACUGGAAGGAUACAAGCGUUGCUUGGUGAUAGGUGACAAAUAUGAUGUGAGAGUGGUUUUCCGACUUGUUUCUCUGUGGUUCAGUCUUUCUUCGAGACAAAAUGUUAUAAAUAACAUGCUUGACACAAUUGAUGAGGCUCAGUCCUAUAAAUUUGUACCGUUAGUUUAUCAAAUUGCUUCAAGAAUGGGAAGCUCGAAGGACAGUUUGGGACCUAAUAAUUUUCAGUUUGCUUUGGCUUCUCUUGUGAAGAAAAUGGCUAUAGACCAUCCAUACCAUACCAUUUUUCAGCUUCUAGCUUUGGCAAAUGGUGACCGUAUCAAGGACAAACAGCGUAGUAGAAACUCAUUUGUGGUGGAUAUGGAUAAAAUAACUGCAGCAAAAAGGCUUCUAGGAGAGUUGUCCUCAUAUCAUGGGGCCAUUAUUACACAAAUGAAACAAAUGGUUGAAAUCUAUAUCAAACUGGCUGAGUUGGAAACAAAGAGAGAGGAUACCAACAAAAGGGUUUCACUUCCAAGAGAAAUCCGCAGUGUUCGUCAGCUGGAACUUGUUCCUGUAGUGACUGCUAGGUUCCCAGUUGACCGUGAUUGUCAUUAUAAUGAAGGUUCCUUCCCACACUUCAAGGGAUUAGCUGAUUCAGUUAUGGUAAUGAAUGGUAUAAAUGCUCCAAAAGUGGUUGAAUGCCUUGGUUCUGAUGGUCAAAAGUAUCGGCAGCUGGCCAAGUCUGGAAAUGAUGACCUAAGACAAGAUGCUGUUAUGGAACAAUUUUUUGGUCUGGUUAACACUUUUCUACAAAAUAACAGGGAUACAUGGAAAAGAAGAUUAGGUGUACGAACAUACAAGACUGUUCUUGUUUCCAAAAUGUGUGCGCUUUUAGUGGUGUCAGCAGUGAGUGCAGUUUUGAGUUUUGUGGGCCUAGAAUGUUGUUGUGAGGUUGUUCCUUUCACUCCAAGUGCUGGUGUUCUUGAAUGGGUUAAUGGAACUCUUCCCCUUGGAGAAUAUCUUAUAGGAAGCACAAGAAAUGGUGGUGCUCAUGGUCGCUAUGGAGUGGGAGACUGGUCAUUUCUCAAAUGCCGAGAGCACAUGUCAAAUGCAAGAAAAGGACAAGCGCAAAGCAUUCCAGGAAGUCUGUCAGAACUUCAGACACUCAACUUCAAAAGAUUGAAGCUCACACGGACAAACCGGAUUGGCAUCUCGUGCAGGCCUGUCAUGCAUCACUUUUUCUUGGAGAGAUUUUUGCAACCAGCUGACUGGUUUGAGAAGAGACUUGCAUACACACGUAGCUUGGCUGCCAGUUCAAUGGUGGGUUACAUUGUUGGCCUAGGAGACAGGCAUUCCAUGAAUAUCCUAAUUGAUCAAGCUACUGCAGAAGUUGUUCAUAUAGAUCUUGGUGUUGCUUUUGACCAAGGCUUGAUGCUGAAAACACCAGAGAGGGUUCCAUUCAGACUGACAAGAGACAUUGUUGAUGGCAUGGGUGUUACUGGAGUGGAAGGGGUUUUUAGAAGAUGUUGUGAGGAAACUCUCUCUGUUAUGCGAACAAAUAAAGAAGCAUUGCUGACCAUUGUUGAAGUUUUUAUCCAUGACCCAUUGUAUAAAUGGGCUUUAUCUCCUCUCAAGGCUUUGCAGCGUCAAAAGGAAACAGAUUACGAUUUGGAGACUGGCUUGGAAGACACACAAGAUCAACAUGAAGGUAAUAAGGAUGCUGAACGUGCACUGAUGCGUGUAAGGCAAAAACUUGAUGGAUAUGAAGAAGGUGAAUUAAGAAGUGUACAUGGACAGGUUCAACAGCUUAUACAAGAUGCUAUUGAUCCUGAGCGUUUAUGUCAAAUGUUUGCUGGAUGGGGAGCUUGGAUGUAA